AUGAUGGAAACUCAAGUUGGUCGGUUCGAUUUUGACGACGGUGGAACCUAUAUUGGUCAAUGGUUUCAGGGCUAUGCACACGGCCUCGGCUUGGCAAUCGGGCCAAACGGAGUGGGAGAAUACUCAGGAGAAUGGGAGUCCGGAUUUGAAACUUGUGGAGUGUAUAUAUGGCCUAGUGGAAACCGUUACACAGGAACCUGGUCAAAUGGCAAACGGCAUGGUAAUGGGCAACAAAUUCGUGGCAAAUGGGUCUACCAAGGUCAGUUUACUAACGGAACCUGCGGGCCAUUUGGUGUCAAAUCCGCCACCAACUGCAUAACCAGUUACGAGGGCAGCUGGAAUAUGAACCGAUUCGAGGGAUUUGGAGUGGAAACUUGUUCGGACGGAAGUGUAUAUGCAGGUGAAUGGAACAAAGGACUCCGACAUGGACUUGGUGUCCGGCGUACAUGUGUAAACUCAACAAACAGAGAAAAAGAGGCUUCUUCAGAUUUAAAAGUGAUGCAAACUGAGGAAUACCAAAAUGAGACCGAGACGGAUGCAAAAACCUGUGAAACUGAAACCAAAUGCUCAAUAGAACCCAAUCAAGAUCGAAAGUCCGGUUCCACUUUAGAAACAUUCUGUGUGAGUAAAAAAGCUCAGUUGGGCCGAGCUAUUAUGAAGCGUCUACGUAAACAACAUUCCGCAAUGGAAUUGGAGUGCUCCACCGACUCCAGCAGAUUUUACGCUCUCAGUAAAUCAGUAUGUGAUCCAGAUGGAUCACGGUUACUCCGAUCGCCUGGAGCAUCUACGAUUCCGGAGGUUGUACUGAUCUCCCAGAGCGCUAGGCCGUUAUCUCCCAUGGAACAGUCUCCUCUACCUGACGUCAAACUCACCGGUGGCAGCAUCAGGCAGCCAACUGGUGAGGACUUGCAAUUUGUCGAAGUUUACUCAGGCCAGUGGUUUGAAGACAAACGCUGUGGGUAUGGAAUCACAGAGCGCUCGAAUGAUUACAAAUAUAUUGGCGAAUGGUCGAAAAAUCAACGACACGGAUUCGGUGUCUCAUAUUUGCCUGACGGAACCAGGGAAGAGGGCGAAUUCCAGGCGGAUCAACUAAUUGUGCGACUCAAUCGAAAAAAUAAGCUCCAGUUUUUGCGACAAAGCAAGCUUAAAGAAUACGUUGAGAGUGCAGUGAUUCGAGCGGGAGAAGUUGCAAAAGAGGCACGAAGCAAAUCGGCCGAACAGGCAGAGACUCAGAGGACCUAUGCGCACAAGAAUGUAUAUUCAGAUGGUGUGACGCAACUAUUAGAACCGGCACACGUGCAGAAAAUCUUGAUGGCAUGCAACAAGCAGCGUGGAUUCCGUGUAAUCCAGAUGAGUAUUCAAUGA